AUGGAAAAGUGUUUCUCAGAGCCUGUGCCAAGAACAGUAUCUGCACGUCAUUUGGCAAGUCGUACAUUACAUCCAGUCUUUGCACGCAAUUAUGCAUUAGGAGAUGAAUUGGGUAGCGGUGGAUUUGGUUUCGUUGUUGGAGCAACUAGAAUCUCGGAUGGAUUGCCGGUUGCUGUGAAGUUUAUCUGGAAAGAAAAAGUUCCUAGUCAUGGUUGGGUUAGAGAUGAUAAGUUUGGCGCAAUUCCAAUGGAAGCUUUCGUUUUAAAGGUUAUCGAUAGUCCAUACGUUGUAAAAUUUGUCGAUCUCUUUGCGGAUGGUGAAUUUUUCUAUUUGAUCAUGGAACAUCACGGUUCACCGUGGAAAGCACCUCAAAUCUUAUCAAGCAGCCCAACGGCAAUGUCACCAUCUUCGGAUAGCGGUGCAAGUGAACUCUCAGCUUACUCAUCAACAAGCUCUUUGCGACCAGCACCUAUGGAACGUAGAUCGUCUUGUGAUUUGUUUGAGUGCAUUGAACAACAUUCAAGCUUGUCAGAAGACAAGGCAAGAUGGGUUUUCGCACAAAUCGUUGAAGCAGUUUAUGAUUUGGACAAACGUGGUAUCUGCCAUCGUGAUAUCAAGGAUGAAAAUUGCGUGGUUGAUCGUGAUUUCAAUGUGAAGUUGAUCGAUUUUGGAUCUGCAGUGAUCACUGAUCCACGCAAGCCUAUGCCUUACUUCAACCGCUUCUUUGGCACGAUGACAUUUGCAUCAAGUGAAAUCCUUCAAGGAAAGCAAUAUCGUGCACCACAUGCAGAGAUUUGGAGUUUAGGCGUCUUGCUGAGCAUCUUGCUCAGUGGUGAAUGCCCAUUUGCCGAUCCGCAAGCAGCAAUUCGCGGAAAGAUUUCCAAACCUUCAAAACCAUACAGCAAAGAAGCAAUGGAUCUUUUGAUCGGAUGUUUACAGGUUGAUCCUGAUAGACGAGCAAACAUUCGUGAAGUUCGACAACAUCCUUGGGUACGUAAAGCAUGGGAACAACGUAGCGGUCGUUCAGGUCGUGCAUUUACACAAUAAAAAGCUCGCAGAAUUGACAAUAUGUCAUAACAUAUAUACCCAUUACCAUUAAUUUUCUCUCUCUCUUUAAUCUACUUUUCUCUCUCCCUUUCAUCUAAUCAGCGUCAUCUCUCCUCACAUCAAUUCUCUCUCUCAGCACACAUUGUUUUUAUUUUCUCAUCGUACUAUACUACCUCAGUUGAUCACUUUUGUUUCUCGAUCUUUAUCUUAACUGUAUCAUAUAUGGCAUCAACCUCUUUUACUCUAAUGAGACACCUUUCAAUUGCUUU